AUGCUUUUCACAGCCGGGUCAGAAGAGAAGGGUCACUGCCGUCCGAGAGCAAAGCGCAGGAAGGGGAGGAGUGCGGUGGAGAGGGGCAGUUCUUUCCAUCGUCAGGAUAAGGUGGCAUUGGCCGGUGGCGACGACGUGCUACAUUCUGGGCCUGCCAAAGACGGGGAGGGUAAGGGACGAGGGGCUGUAGGCGCUAAGGGCGACAGUGAUGGGGAGCGCAAGGGACGAGGGGCUGUAGGCGCUAAGGGCGACAGUGAUGGGGAGCGCAAGGGACGAGGGGCUGUAGGCGCUAAGGGCGACAGUGAUGGGGAGCGUAAGGGACGAGGGGCUGUAGGCGCUAAGGGCGACAGUGAUGGGGAGCGUAAGGGACGAGGGGCUGUAGGCGAUAAGGGCGACAGUGAUGGGGAGCGCAAGGGACGAGGGGCUGUAGGCGCUAAGGGCGACAGUGAUGGGGAGCGUAAGGGACGAGGGGCUGUAGGCGCUAAGGGCGACAGUGAUGGGGAGCGUAAGGGACGAGGGGCUGUAAGCACUAAGGGCGACAGUGAUGGGGAGCGUAAGGGACGAGGGGCUGUAAGCACUAAGGGCGACAGUGAUAGGGAGCGUAAGGGACGAGGGGCUGUAAGCACUAAGGGCGACAGUGAUGGGGGGCGUAAGGGACGAGGGGCUGAAGUCACGUACAAGCGGCGCAAGGUGGUUGACACGGGCGGUCACGACAGAAAAAUGAGGAAGGCUCGCCAGGGACGGAAACGGUACGCUUCACCCAGAUCGUCGUCCGGUUCCGAGGAGGGAUCCAGCGACGGGGAAUCUGGUAGUUCAUCUGGCAGCGAAUAUGGGGACGAGGAGGAGGAGGAGGAGGAGGAGGAGGAGGAGAGUGAGGACCAAGAUCUGGAGCCGGAAAGCGAGGAGGCGGAUGAGGUGCGUCCCAAGAGAAAGGGGCGUGAUCGGAAGGCCAAGAAGGGCAUUCCUAAGAGGAACCGUGACAAGGGUCGGGACAAGGGCCGUAAGGGGCGCGACAGUCGUGGGAAAUCGCAUGGCAACAACGGUCGCCGGCGUGUGGUUUCCCAGGUUGUCCGUGUGCGCCCCAAAGUGAAGCCCGAGCCUGAAUUCUAUGCGGAGAUGGGAGUGAAAGCAACUGCUGCUCCUACUGGAUAUCUUGAUCGUAAAGACCAGACCCGAAGGAGGCGUGACGAUCGCGAGGACCCUUAUGCUGCUCUCAGAGGGCCAUCACUAAAUGCUGGGAAAGGAGCAGACCCGUUGCCUACAGGGUCAUGGCGUCAUAACAAGGAGGGAAAAGACCCACUUGCGAAGCGUCUCGAGACACGGGAUUCACCGGAUCUUGAUAAAGACGACUUUAAGCCCAAACGGUACGCUGACCCAACGGCCGCAGCAGCAAACGACGGUGUGGCAGGUGGGAUGUGGGCAAACACAUUGGGUGAUUGUGGCGGAGUUAUGGCUGGCUCUCCGUACGAUGAACGUGACGAAAGGGGCGACGACUACACCUGGAAAAGGGAUCCACACACGAACGAGGGGAGGGGUGAGAGCAUGUGCACGCCCGGUGCAUCUGGUCGUCUCAAUCCGGCUCGCCCCAAGACGGUGGAGCAGCUCACGCGAGAGCUUGAGCUAGCAAACAGCGAACUAGCAACCCUCAAGGCAAAACCAGCUUGCAAUGGCGUCAAAAACCGCGGACCCCCUUCCCAAGUUCCUCCUCUGGCACCUUUGGCGAGCGACCCAUCACCUGGGGGCCUCAGUCCCGAGGUAGCUGAUGAGAGCACCCCGACAGAGGGCCAGCCCAUUCGGCGCAGGCAUGGAAUGCCCACUCUCGAGAAACUGAGGCAUGUCGUUCCAAACCCCCUCUGCCUGCACUACGUCUGUUCUUGCUCAUUCGUAACCCCCUUGUGGCCGCAUAUGGCACACCAAGGUCUGCGCAUCCAUUUGCAGCCUGUUCCUCUUAUAGACGACGAUGGUUAUAUAUGCAUUGACCGACCGGUAGACAUGCGGCAAGAGUUGCUCGCCCAGAAGGAGAAGAUAUCAGUUAUCGAGGAUGACAUCCAGAUCCUGACGACCAAGAUCGAGUUUCUCCCCAUCAGCAAAGGCGUGACGUCAGACGAACUGGACGCAGGGGCGCGUCAUCACUUGGGUACCGUGGGUGACGCGCUGGGCUUGAAGGCGACACCUCGAAAACACACGAAAGCCGAUGACAUUGCAGAUCAAUGCGGCCAGCUGGAGCAGUUCAAUGCUUGCUAG